ACAAUUUCUCCGACGCCAUGGACUCCGAUCAAUUCGACAUCUUCGAUAUCUACAGACGAUACUGCGUUAUUACAUCUACUCUUGCAAGUGAAGGCGCGGAGCCUGAAGACGAUGAAUCAAAAAUACAUGAAUCAAGAUUGUCACUAGCUUUUCUUCUAAAGUUUGUAGACUCAAGGGUCCGUGUAAGUAAUGCUGGCAGGGAUAUGAUCUUCGAGGAAAUCUCCUUGCUUAUGUCGACACUAAAUUUUACGGGAGAUUUCAGGGAGUUCUCGCGCUUCUAUGAUUUCGUGUUUUUUGUUUCCCUUGAAAAUGGCCAGAAGUGUAUAAGUGUAAGUCGCGCAGUUUGUAAUUGGAGAUUAGUGCUGGCUGGUAGGUUUAGAUUGCUGAAUCAAUGGUGUGACUUUGUUGAGAAAAAUCAUCGGCAUAACAUUUCUAUGGAUACAUGGAGAGAAGUCUUGGCAUUCAGCUGUUGUUUUGCAGAUGAAAGUUUCGAAGGAUAUGACCCAGAAGGAUCUUGGCCAGUUCUAAUAGAUGAUUUCGUAGAGCACAUGUACAAGUUUGGUGGAGUUAGUACGAAACCAAAAACAAACAUUGACAAGCACCCAUCUCAAUCCUGUAACAUGGAUUAUUCAGAGUCUACAUUGAAAAACUGUCUUGGAUUAAAGAGGAAGCAUUGCGAAGAUUUUCAGGGAUAUGGACUACUAGAACCUUCCUACAACUACAACCAGUAUGCUAACUUCUUCCAGUCUAAUAAGAAAAGGCAUCAUGAUGAAGGACGUUUGAUUAGUUAGUUUUAAACAUUUGUUGUUAUGAAAACAUAGUAAAAAUCGAAAGGAUUAAUAAAAGCAUUUGAGCUGUUUUGU